UCCCCUCAUCUCCAAAUUCUCAACUAUAUGAUCAUCUAUCUACACCCAUGGCAACUCUUUCUGCUCUUUCCUAUUCUUCGAUCCCAUACAGAUACAGAUACAGUUGCAGAUGCGGGAGAAGCCUCUUCGUUUUUCCACUCAGCCACCGAAACGGCCAUCUUUCCGUUUCUCUGCGCUCAAAACAUGCUUCGUUGUUGAAACCCCUCAACUGCUCCCUGAAACAAGACGACUACCAGCACCAAACCCACUCCGCUGACUCUAACUCUGACUCUGACUCUGACUCUGCUACUGCGGUUGCCGUUUCCCCUGAUGGGAAUCCUACGAAUGAGAGCCACAAAGAAGAAGAUGGGGAGCAAAAGGAGAAACAAGAACAGGAAACGGAUUGGAAGACGGAUGAGGAGUUCAAGAAGUUCAUGGGCAACCCUUCGAUCGAGGCCGCCAUCAAGCUUGAGAAGAAGAGGGCCGACACCAAGCUCAAGCAGCUAAGCAGAGAAUCAAGCGGUGCUACUAAUCCCCUUGUGGCUCUUCUGAAUACCUUACGCCGUGAUACUCUAACCAAGGAAAAGGAGAGGUUGGAGAAAGCAGAGCAAACCUUCAGGGCUCUUGAUCUUAACAAGUUGAAGAGUUGCUUUGGCUUUGACACUUUCUUUGCAACCGAUGUUCGAAGGUUCGGAGAUGGAGGCAUCUUCAUCGGCAACUUGAGGAGACCCAUCGAUGAAGUCAUUCCCAGGUUGGAGAAGAAGCUCUCCGAUGCUGCUGGCCGUGAGGUCGUCCUUUGGUUCAUGGAAGAGAAAACAAAUGACAUUACCAAGCAGGCUUGUGUGGUGCAACCCAAAGCAGAAAUAGAUCUCCAAUUUGAGUCAACUAAGCUGAGUAAUCCCUUGGGCUAUCUUAGCGCCAUUGCAUUAUCUGUUACUACCGUUGGGACAAUUGCUCUCAUGAGUGGCUUCUUCCUCAAACCGGACGCAACAUUGGAUGAUUAUAUAGCUAAUGUUGCACCUUUGUUUGGUGGGUUCUUAUCUAUUCUAGGCGUUUCUGAGAUAGCAACGAGAGUAACGGCAGCUCGUUAUGGUGUGAAACUGAGCCCGUCGUUCUUGGUUCCAUCAAAUUGGACAGGGUGCUUGGGAGUGAUGAACAACUACGAAAGCCUGCUCCCAAACAAGAAAGCACUGUUUGAUAUUCCAGUGGCCCGAACAGCGAGUGCAUAUUUGACAUCACUAGUGCUUGCAGUAGCGGCAUUCGUAGCAGAUGGAAGCUUCAAUGGAGGGGAGAAUGCACUGUACAUAAGGCCGCAGUUCUUCUACAACAACCCGUUGCUGUCAUUCAUCCAGCUGGUAAUAGGGCCGUACACGGAUGAUCUUGGGAAUGUGCUGCCGUACGCGGUGGAGGGAGUGGGAGUGCCUGUGGAUCCGCUUGCAUUUGCGGGGCUGUUGGGGAUGGUGGUGACGUCAUUGAACCUCUUGCCAUGCGGGAGACUAGAGGGAGGGCGCAUUGCGCAGGCCAUGUUUGGGAGAAGCACAGCUGCAAUCUUGUCUUUUGGGACGUCGCUGUUGCUUGGGAUCGGCGGGCUGAGUGGGAGCGUUCUGUGUCUGGCAUGGGGCUUGUUUGCAACCUUCUUGAGGGGAGGAGAAGAGAUGCCUGCAAAGGACGAGAUUACCCCUCUCGGGGAAUCCAGAUUUGCUUGGGGUAUUGUCCUUGCGCUCAUCUCUUUCCUCACCCUCUUCCCCAACGGCGGCGGCACUUUCUCCUCUUCCUUCCUCUCUGCUCCCUUCUUCCGGGGAGACAUCUAGAUUUCUGCCAAUUUUGCUUGCUUAUAUUUCAAAUUUCAAUUCCAGCUAUUUAUGUAAAUGUGAUUCAUAUACAUUAUAAAAGGAAAUAAAUCAACAUGGAGCUA